AUGCCUUCAACUAAUGCUCGACCAUCAAGUAUACGUCCAUCGAGAAGUACGCAAAAUCGUGUAAAUGCGCAAAUUGUUCGAUCAGCAAGUGCACCUCAACAGCAAUUUAUCAUGAUUCUUACGAGUAAUCCUAUCUUGUUGCAAAAUACUCGUGCUUUUCAACCACCGGUAAUAUCUACAUGGCUAUUGCUUAGAGACUUCUAUUUUAACUAUGAUUAUCAUUUUGUAGGUUGCACAAUGAAGACAAGCUACGGUUCCAACUCAAAAUCAUGCAAAUCAUCAUCAUCAUCAGACUAUUAA